CAGCAGUAGGAAAAAAAAGAGAAGCUAAACAAGCAAAAGUUUUCCUCCGACUCGCGAAAAGAGGAGUCGACAUGGAUGAAAAGGAGCUUUUCGUGUGAAUAAAGUGACGGGAACUUUCUCCACACGGUGAAAGAAUGAUAACAUAGCUCACACUUUGGGUUGUUUUGUAUGAGAGGACACGAUAAAGCUCAGCUGUGGGAAAGUUUGAAGCAGGAGCUGGGCUGGCUAUGGCGCGGCACGGAGAAGACCCCGGGAUGGUCAAAGCUCCUAAAGUCAAACAGCAAAGAAAGAAGAAAAGUAAGGAGAACAAAACCAGGACCGUCCACGCAAACUUACUCUAUGACCACGCUAAAGGAGAGGAAAACCCAAACCGACACUAUGCAAACAACAAGAUUAAGACGACCAAGUACACCGUGCUGUCUUUCCUGCCAAAGAACCUUUUUGAACAGUUUCAUAGGUUUGCCAAUGUUUACUUUGUCUUCAUCGCUUUGCUGAAUUUCGUUCCGGUUGUCAAUGCGUUUCAGCCUGAACUUGCUCUGGCUCCUGUGGUCUUCAUUUUGUCUGUCACUGCCAUCAAAGACUUAUGGGAGGACUACAGGAGACACAGGUCGGAUAAAGAAAUCAAUCACAUGGACUGUCUGGUGUUCAGCAGAGCGGAGAGACGUUAUGUGGAGAAGUACUGGAAGGAGUUGCGGGUGGGAGAUUUCAUCAGACUGCGAUGUAACGAGAUCCUCCCCGCCGACGUUCUGCUGCUGAGCACCAGCGACCCCGACCGCCUCUGCCACAUCGAGACCGCCACACUGGACGGAGAGACCAACCUCAAGCAGAGGCAGGUCGUCCGCAGCUUCUUCGACCUGGAUUGUGACUUUGACCCUUUGAAGUACAACAGCGUGAUUGAAUGUGAGAAACCCAACAACGACCUGAACAGAUUCAGAGGCUACAUAAUGCAUCGAAGUGGAAGAAGAGAUGCACUUUACAAAGAAAACCUGCUGCUGAGAGGCUGCACCAUCCGCAACACAGAGGAGGCUGUGGGAAUAGUCAUAUACGCAGGUCAUGAGACCAAAGCCAUGCUCAACAACAACGGGCCGCGCUACAAGCGGAGUAAACUGGAGAGACAGAUGAAUGUAGAUGUGUUCUGGUGUGUCAUCAUCCUGCUGGUCAUGUGUCUGUUCACUGCUGUCGGUCACGGGCUGUGGAUGUUUCAGUACGGAGAUAAGAGGCCUGUGUUUGACGUCCUCAGUCCAGAGGGGACGGACUUAUCACCCAUCAUGUCCGCUAUUUAUCUCUUCCUCACCAUGAUCAUCGUCUUCCAGGUGCUGAUCCCCAUCUCGCUCUUUGUGUCGAUUGAGAUUGUCAAGAUCUGCCAGGUGUUCUUCAUCCAUCAGGACAUGGAGCUGUACGACGAGGAGACGGACUCUCACCUGCAGUGUAGAGCUCUUAAUAUCACUGAGGAUCUGGGCCAGAUGCAAUACAUCUUCUCUGACAAGACGGGCACGCUGACUGAGAACAAGAUGGUGUUCCGCCGCUGCACUGUGGCCGGGGUGGAGUACUCCCAUGAUGCAAAUGCUAGGAGACUUGCUAUGUACCAGGAGAUGGAUUCAGAGGAGGAGGAGUGUACGUCUCACGGUGGCACCCUGCCCAGGCGGGAUAGCAUGACGAGUCAUCAGAGUGCCAAGGUGGUUCUGCGCUCCCAGAGCACAAAGUCCCAUCGCAGGACGGGAAGCAGGGCCGAGGCGAAGCGAGCCAGCAUCCUGUCCAAGCACACGGCCUUCAGCAGCCCCAUGGAGAAAGAUAUCACCCCCGACCCUCAGCUCUUAGACAAAGUCAACGAAUGCAGCAGUCAGAUGGACUUCAUGCGAUUCCACAGCCAGCCCAUGUCCCAGCUGCCCUCCGACCUCGCUGACAUCAUUGAUUUCUUCAUCGCUCUCACAAUUUGCAACACAGUGGUCGUGUCCUCACCAAACCAGCCCCGACAGAAGGUCAGGAUGAGGUUUGAGCUGAAGUCCCCGGUCAAAACGAUCGAGGAUUUCAUCAAACGUUUCACCCCGAGCCGACUGACCUCCGGCUCCAACAACAGCAGCUCCUCCAGCCUCAUCACCAACCGCUCGUCCAACAAGGGCUGCUCCAGCGUGCUGUCGUCUCCGUCUGCAGAGAGCACGCUCACCAAACUGGACGAGGAGAAGCAUCAUGGCGGUCUGGAGCACGCCUUCAGCCCCAUCCCACCCUGCUACGAUGGGAAAGGGUGGAACCUGGAGGAAGGUGAGCUGCGCUAUGAGGCCGAGUCGCCCGAUGAGGCUGCGCUGGUCUACGCCGCCAGAGCUUACAAGUGCUCCCUCGUUGGACGCCUCCCUGACCAGGUGACUGUGGAGCUGCCUCACCUGGGGAAGCUGAGCUUUGAACUGCUCCACACGCUGGGAUUCGACUCCACAAGGAAACGCAUGUCAGUGGUGGUUCGACAUCCUCUGACGGAUCAGAUCACCGUCUACACCAAAGGAGCCGACUCAGCGAUCAUGGACCUCAUCAGACCCCCCGACACAGGAAGCUCCAAAGGGAAACGCCAGAAAAAGAUUGUCAGCCGGACCCAGAACUACCUGAACCUGUACGCUGCAGAUGGCCUUCGCACACUGUGCAUUGCUAAAAAGAUUAUGAGCAAGGAACAGUAUGCAUGCUGGCUGCAGCGCCACCUGGAGGCAGAGACGGCCAUUCAGGGGAGAGAGGAGCUUCUGUUUCAGUCAGCUCUGCGACUGGAGACGAACCUCCAGCUUCUGGGAGCGACAGGUAUUGAGGACCGACUGCAGGACGGUGUACCUGAGACCAUAGCGUCUCUGCGUCAGGCUGGCCUGCAGAUAUGGGUGCUGACUGGGGACAAACAGGAAACAGCUGUUAAUAUUGCGUACGCCUGCAAGCUGCUCGACCCGGAGGAAGAGAUCCUGACGCUGAAUGCUGAUUCUCAGGAGGCGUGUGCGUUGCUGCUGGAGGAGAGUUUACACUACAUCCAGGCCAAAUUCCUCUGCAGCUCUACAGACCAAGCAGCCAAAAACUUCCAAAACAACUUUGCACCCUUUGAUAUCUAUCCCUCUUCAUCUCCGUCCUCCUCCUCAUCCUCCAACACUGCUCCCGUCAUGGUGCACAGGCUGGGCCUGGUGAUCGAUGGGCGGACUUUGGCCUACGCUCUAGAUAAAAGUUUGGAGGAUAAGUUUCUGGCGAUCGCGCAGAGCUGUCGAUCAGUGCUGUGCUGUCGCUCCACGCCGCUGCAGAAGAGCAUGGUGGUCAAACUGGUGCGGAACAAGCUGAAGGUCAUGACAUUAGCAAUAGGUGACGGGGCCAAUGACGUCAGCAUGAUCCAGGUGGCCGAUGUGGGUGUGGGCAUUUCAGGACAGGAGGGCAUGCAGGCGGUGAUGGCGAGCGACUUUGCUCUCCCGCGUUUCCGGUAUCUCCAGAAGCUCCUGCUGGUCCACGGACACUGGUGCUACUCCCGACUGGCUAACAUGAUCCUCUAUUUCUUCUACAAGAACGCUAUGUUUGUGGCGCUCAUCUUCUGGUAUCAGUUCUACUGUGGAUUCUCAGGUUCAGCCAUGAUUGACCAGUGGUAUCUCAUCUUCUUCAACCUGAUGUUCUCCGCCUUUCCACAACUCAUCACCGGCACGCUGGACAAAGACGUGUCAGCAGAGACUCUGCAACAACUACCUCAGCUCUACGUGAACGGACAGAACUCAGAGGAAUAUAAGCCAUACAUGUUCUGGAUGAACAUGAUUGAUGCCUUCUACCAAAGUCUGAUCUGCUUCUUCAUCCCGUACUUUGCCUACGCUGACUCCGACGUAGAUUUGUUUACAUGGGGAACUCCCAUCACCACCCUCGCUUUAUUCACCAUCCUAGUGCAUUUAGGCAUCGAGACCAAAACCUGGACCUGGAUGAACUGGCUGUCCAUCUCCUUCAGUAUUUCUUUAUUCUUCACUGUGGCUCUGUGUUACAACGCCUCCUGUCCCACCUGCUACUCCCCCUCCAACCCGUACUGGACCAUGCAGAGGCUGCUGCAGGACCCCCUCUUCUACCUGCUCUGUCUCAUCACACCAGUAGCUGCACUGCUGCCCAGAUACUUCUACAGGGCGUGUCAGGGAACGCUGUUUCCCAGCCCGGUUCAAGUCGGGAGACAGUUGGAUAAACUCCCCACAGAAACUCGCAGGAACAUCCUCAGCCUCAGCAGGGUCGAGGUGGGGUCGCCGCUCAGCCCCAAGACUCACUUCCUGUCCCUCAGCACACCCUCCUCUACAGGCUGUAAUAAAAAAGACCAAAGGAGCUUCCCCGGCUCCAACACAUCACAGGGGCCCGUUUUACAAACAGACAACCAGGCCAGGAGACGGGGGCCUGCAGACAGCGAGAGGGACCUCUACACAUUUGUCCCAUCGGAAAUAGACACUCUUCCUUACACCAAAGAUGCUCCAAAGCUCUCGGAGGAGCCGCAGCCUCCUUCAACCAAAGACUCAGAGCGCUUAGAUAAAACUUUAGAGGCGUCAGAUCUGAGUCUGUCCGGCUGGAUCACCUCCACACCCCUGCUCAGCCAAACAGACAGCAUCCACCUGAACCUGCCCCCCGACGGAGACACCCCGUGUGUCAGAUACACGCGGGACUCGGAGGAAAAACUCAAGUGUGAGCAGAUUAUUCAUCAAGCACAGAAGACAGAGCAGGACACAGAACAGUCGCUGCACGUCACGAUAUGAUGUCUUAAGCAUUUUUUACUCAGACUCCAAUUUGCACGAUAGUUUUUUUCAAUCUAAUUUUAUUGUAUUUUUCAAGGAGAUUCUUUUAUAAAAUAUAGAAAAAGGUACUUUAUAUUUUGGAUGUGUAGAGGUAAAGAUAUGUUUGAGAUUUAGGAGGUGGAAGAACUGGAUUGUCUCCUGUUCUUUUAUCUUCUGGGGAUUUUUAUAUUUCACAAAGAUGCAUCUCAGUUCUUUAAAGAGGAGGAGGAGCAGAGUCAGACAUUCCACUGUUGGGUAUUUGGAGUUUUUGUUUCCUCUCUAAAAUGGUACUCUGUUCUUUCAGCGCUGACUGGGAUCAGAUGCCGCUGUGGCCUAAAAUCAAUGUCCAUAUCCCAGAGAGGAAGAUUUGUAUGUUUUAUAGAAACAUGUGUCAGUGCAGAUUCUCAAAGAGUUUUAUCUUUACAUAAGUCUGAAUAUAGUGGCAUUUUCUUGGUGCACGUUUCAGUGCAAGCCUUUUUUUUUUUUUUCAGAAAGUUUAAAAAGCUGAAAGCUCAUUUUAUAUCUGUUUUUUUUCUCUCACAGUUCAUUCCACUGACAACUCCAAUAAUGCAUUCCAAAGAUUCACCUAAUCAUUUUUAUUUAAGUUUGAAUUCUGCAAAAUUCUACCAGAAAUGAUGCUGUUUGAAUGCAUAUGUGCAUGCAGGUGUGUUACGUUGUGUGUGUUUGAUUGGAUCUGUUUCACAGUUCAGUUCCAUGUUUAAAGAAGAGUUUGGCACUUUGGUAAAUAUGCUUAUUUGCUUAACGAGAGUUACGUACAUGAGGAGCUGAGAUCAAUGUAGCUGUCUGAUAAAAUGAAGGUAGAGGGGGGAGAUAGUGAGCAUACUUAACAUUACGACUGAAAACAUGAGACAAUAGAAGCCUGGUUCCAUCCAGAGGUCACAAAAUCCAACUAUCAACCCAUGUGAUGUUCAUUUAUGACUCCCAACCUAGAAAGAGCCCAGACGUAACACCAGUCAACCCCACAAAAUGUUUUUACUCUUUAAGGUUUUUGCACAAAUUGAACAAAAGUUUCAUUUCAAAACUCAGCGUUUUACUUGAACGUGCUAGAGAGCAGUUUGUAUUUCCUUUAAAGAGUGUCAGACUAUCUUGUCCCCUUAAAUCCGGUCUUUAUGCUCAACUAAGCUAACCAAGGGCUCGCUUUAGCUUCAUAUUGAACAUACAAACAUGGUAAUGGUAUCAGUUAAUGAAGCUGUGAAUGUGGUUUUGUAUAAAAAGUGAAACUGAAGGGAAACAGCUAGCCUUGAAAGCAGCUUCUUAAACUCUGUCCAAAACCUGUUUUUACUUUGUCAUCAUGCUAAUCAGAAGUAGGAAAACUUCCUGAAGUCAACGCAACCAGCAAAGCCUUACAUUUGACCACAUCUUAUUUCUUAAUCUUCUUUGUACAAUAAAGAUUUAUUAUUAAGAGAAAGCGAGAUGAGACUUUGAUGUUAUCAACAUUUAUAAAGGCAGAGGACAAGAAAAGUAAAGCAACAAGAUUUACAGCUUUGUCCACAUGGGGCGCCAAACUCAACCCAAACCAAAAGUUCCUCACUGGAGCUUUAAAUAGAAAGUUGAGCAUGAUAUACUGAGUAUGCGUAAUGAUAAGGUAAAAGAAUCGACUAGUUAACUUUGUCCAAAUCUGCCUUCUUACAAUUUUGAAAUUCACGAAGUAGCAUUUUUUAAUUUUCUUUUAAUUCUUAAAAAUUGCCAAUAAACCCGCCAAACCUCCAGGAUGUGGCCGCACCAGGCUCAGAGAAGUCCCUUCAUAAAUGUGUUUCUUUGUAAAGUUCAAACAGCAGAUGUAACAUGUUAAAGAUGUUCAUUUGAAGUGCUGGUCAGCAGGGUUUCUGUGUUUUUAGUUUUUUUUGGCUAACAAACAAUUUCCUGAUAGUAGCUCAUUGUUAUUUCACAAAGAAAGCAAAUAAGCCUGUUCCAAAAUGUCAAACUAUUCCUUGUAGCACUGCACAGUAGGUUGUCAACAAGCUACCAUCAUGUAUCAUCAUCUAAUUUACUUGAAGGUCAUUUUGUAUCACUUCAUUUCAUGUUUUCUCCACAGUUUAAACGUUUUGUCUUCUCAGCUGAAAAACCAAACACAUCGCUGGUGACCAAAGGUUUCCACCAGAUGUUUAAGAAGAGGCUUUAAGGUUAGAUUUUGCACUUUGAAAGCAUUAUUUCAGAAGAGCCGUUGAGUAUUGUUGGUGCUGGUCCCGUAUGUUUGAGAAGAGAAAGAGUGGGACUUAUUUCAUUUUUUUUAAAGGAAAUCAUGAUGUGUUUUUUUCUUCCAUCAUACACAAACUAACUAGUUCAAGUGUGAAAGAUUGGAAAGAUGCUACAGUUUGUUGUUAGCAUUUAAAGCAUCAGCACCUUUAAUAUUUAAUGUUUGUUGUAUCUCUUAUGUCGUUGCAGUACAUUUUUGUAUCAUCUACCAAAGAACAUUUAUAUUCCUGUAUUUUCUAAGCAAUAAUCUGUGCCUUAACACUGGAGAAGAAUUACAAAUCUUAAGAGUUUUGUUGUGAUGCUGAA